CUCCCGGCCUGAGGAGGCCGCCCGGCCCGCGCCUCCAUGUUGACAUGUAGCAGAGCGGCCGGCAGGAUGGUGGUGGACGCGGCGGGCGCCAACGGGCCCUUCCCGCCCGCGGCCCUGCUCCACAUUCGCGAUGUCCCUCCUGCUGAUCAAGAGAAGCUUUUUAUUCAGAAACUUCGUCAGUGUUGCGUCCUCUUCGACUUCGUCUCAGACCCACUCAGUGACCUAAAGUGGAAGGAGGUGAAGCGAGCUGCUCUCAGCGAGAUGGUCGAGUACAUCACUCAUAACCGCAAUGUGAUCACAGAGCCCAUCUACCCCGAAGUUGUCCACAUGUUUGCAGUUAACAUGUUCCGAACAUUGCCACCGUCCUCCAAUCCCACGGGAGCUGAAUUUGACCCUGAGGAAGAUGAGCCGACGUUAGAGGCUGCCUGGCCGCAUCUCCAGCUUGUUUAUGAAUUUUUCUUAAGAUUUUUAGAGUCUCCAGACUUCCAGCCUAAUAUAGCGAAGAAAUAUAUCGAUCAGAAGUUUGUACUGCAGCUUUUAGAGCUCUUUGACAGUGAAGAUCCUCGAGAGAGAGAUUUUCUCAAAACUACCCUCCACAGAAUCUAUGGAAAAUUCUUAGGCUUAAGAGCUUACAUCAGAAAACAAAUAAAUAAUAUAUUUUAUAGGUUUAUUUAUGAAACAGAGCAUCACAACGGCAUAGCGGAGUUAUUGGAGAUACUGGGAAGCAUAAUUAAUGGAUUCGCCUUACCGCUGAAAGAAGAGCACAAGAUUUUCUUAUUGAAGGUGUUAUUGCCUUUGCACAAAGUGAAGUCCCUAAGCGUCUACCACCCCCAGUUGGCAUACUGCGUGGUGCAGUUUCUGGAGAAGGACAGCACCCUCACGGAACCGGUGGUGAUGGCUCUUCUCAAAUACUGGCCAAAGACCCACAGCCCAAAGGAGGUGAUGUUCCUCAACGAGCUGGAAGAGAUCUUGGACGUCAUUGAACCAUCUGAGUUUGUCAAGAUCAUGGAGCCCCUGUUCCGUCAGUUGGCCAAGUGUGUCUCCAGUCCGCACUUCCAGGUGGCUGAGCGAGCACUGUAUUACUGGAAUAAUGAGUACAUCAUGAGCCUCAUCAGUGACAAUGCCGCUAAGAUCCUGCCCAUCAUGUUCCCGUCCCUGUACCGCAACUCCAAGACCCACUGGAACAAGACGAUACACGGCCUGAUCUACAAUGCGCUGAAGCUCUUCAUGGAGAUGAACCAGAAGCUCUUUGACGACUGCACACAGCAGUUCAAAGCAGAGAAGCUCAAAGAGAAGCUAAAGAUGAAAGAGCGGGAAGAAGCGUGGGUUAAAAUAGAGAACCUGGCCAAAGCCAACCCCCAGCAGUCUAAAGACCUUCGGAAGGAGCGGCCCCUGGCACGCCGCAAGUCAGAGCCACCCCAGGACCUCCACACCAAGAGCGCCUUGGCGGCCCACGGCAGAAGCAACGAGCUCCUGUCCCAGGAUGGGCGCUAGCCCCGGACUUAGUGGGUGGGCUGCCGGCGCUGGGGGUUCUGUAGAAAUACAUCAUUUUUGUGCCA